CCACAAGACGUCCCAGGUGACGGAGAUGGUGAAAUGAGUUCCAAAAGGUGCCGCACGGAGGAAACUAAAAUCUGUGAGAAAUGCUGUGCAGAAUUCUUUGAUCUCUCUGAAUUCCUUGAGCAUAAGAAAAAUUGCACUAAAAAUCCACCUGUUCUAAUCAUGAGUGACAGUGAGGGAACAGUACCCCCUGAGAGCUUCUCUGAGGCUUCUCUAGGGAGCUUUCCAAGUGAUCGAAUGGAUAGCAGGGCACGCAAGGACGUUCAGGCAAAGGGCUGCACUGGUUCUAUGGAAAAGAGAGAAGGAAAAAUGGAUGCCGAGUCAGUAGGAGGAAUGUACCUUAAAAUAGAACCCCCCAUCACUCCUGCAGCUCCUGGGCUAAGCUAUCUACCAAAAUCCAAAGUACCGAACACUAAUGUGACUUUGCAGACGAUACGCGGCACUAAAGUGGCUGUGAACCAGCGGACCUCCGAUGCCAUCUCUUCUUCAGCAGCCGGUUUUAAUGCCAUCCCCAUGAUUCUGGAGCAGCUCGUGUGUUUGCAGCAGCAGCAACUCCAGCAAAUUCAGUUGACGGAGCAGAUUCGCAUUCAGAUUGCCAUGAUGGCUCCCCAUGCCCUGCAUCCUUCUAUAGCAGCUGCUACUGAUCCACUAAAAGCUCUGGGCGCUCACAUGUCUCAGCAGCUGUCGGCUGCUGUUGCUUUAAUCGGACAGAAAGCUGGAAGCCAGAGCCUAUCACUGGAAUCCUUGAAGCAAGGAAAACUACCUCAUUCUAACACUGGCGUUGCGGCCGCCGGCUCUCUGGCUGCUGGGCUUUCCUCCUCCUUCCCCUUGAAGCCGGAGGCAAGCAGAAGCCUCCCUGGCUCCAUCUCUCGGUUCCCAAAUCCUUUGCUACCUCAGUCCUCCAACUCCGUCAUCUUCCAAAACCCGCUUUCGGCUGUUUCUUCUGUGAUAGAUUCCUCAAAGAAGGGGAAGGGAAAACCCCCCAAUAUUAGCGUGUCUGAAAGCAAACCGAACGCGGAAGAGCCGUUCUUCAAACACAAGUGUAAAUUCUGCGGCAAGGUCUUCGGCAACGACAGUGCCCUGCAGAUUCACCUGCGGUCCCACACUGGGGAAAGGCCCUACAAGUGUAACAUUUGUGGUAACCGCUUUACGACCAAAGGAAACCUUAAAGUGCAUUUUCAGCGUCACAAAGACAAAUACCCCCACAUAAAGAUGAAUCCUUACCCGGUUCCUGAGCACCUGGACAAUGUUCCCACUAGCACUGGAAUCCCGUAUGGGAUGUCUGUGCCACUGGAUGAAUCUAACCUAAUUGUGGAUAGCAAACCUUUACUAACAACCCUGCCUACCUCUGCGGCCACCAGUGCACCUCAGACCGUCUCCAACCUAGCAGGCAUCAAGGAGUCUCUGCCUGGUGCCUUCUCGAGUGACCUGCAGUCAAGGCCUUCUCCAGAAAGUGAGGGUGGCUCUUCCUCAUCAGGGGCGGUCGGUCAUGAAUCGGGAACAGAGCAGAGCUUGAGUUCACCACAAGCUACCUGCAGCGUGAGCAUCUUCCACGUAAGUGGGUCAAACGAGCAAGGCUCAGAAACAUCGAAGCUUCAGCAACUGGUGGAAAAUAUCGACAAAUCCACUGCUGACCCCAACGAGUGCCUGAUCUGUCACAGAGUGCUGAGCUGCCAGAGUUCACUCAAGAUGCAUUACCGUACUCACACUGGAGAGAGGCCGUUCAAGUGUAAAAUCUGUGGCCGUGCCUUCUCCACUAAAGGGAACCUUAAAACUCAUUAUGGCGUCCACCGGGCCAAUACUCCUUUGAAGAUGCAACAUUCAUGUCCCAUUUGCCAGAAGAAGUUUACAAAUGCAGUUGUGUUGCAGCAGCAUAUCCGCAUGCAUAUGGGGGGACAGAUACCCAAUACUCCAAUGCCAGAAAACACCUGUGACAGUACUGAUGUGGAUGCUGCUGUGGCUGAGAAGAAUGGAGACAUCAGUCGCCCAGAUGAGACUGUGGAGAGCAUAGAGAUAGAAGAGGACCUGGACUCUCAGGAUGGCCCUAGGAGUUCUUCAAAACCUCCUACUCCAUAUGAUGCACAAUCAGAAUCACCAGCUGCAGCAGCUGGCUUCUCUGGUAUUGCAGCACUGGAGAAUCAAAUGAAGAUCGUCAGCUCUGCUUUGAACUUGCAGCGGCAAAGCAGCUUGAAGUCUAGUGACAAUGGCUCAGCAGAAAGUGAUGGCAUGACAAAUGAUUCAUCUUCUGUGGCAGGAGAUCCAGAUUAUCAGAACGGCAGGAGUCCUGCUGCCUCUGAGUCUGCAUCGCUCCAGGCUCUGUCCCCAGCCAACAGCCAAGCUGAGAGCGUGAGGUCAAAGUCACCUAGCUUCAACAAUCAAGAAGAUACAGGCACAGGAAAUAAAUCAGAAGGUCCUGAGAAUGCUUCUGCAGAAAUGGAAGGGGUCGUCGGUCGAAGUAGUGUUCCAGCUGCUUUUGUUAGAGCCCCACCAGCUCUCAUAAAAAUGGAGAUGCCCAGCGAGCGUCCCAUUAGCACUGGCCAUUUCAUUGGCCCACCAGCUCUCUCCCCUGGUGUUGCCCCUCUCCUUGUGCCACGACCGAAAUUCUGCCGUCCUGCCAAACAGCACAUCUGCACUACGUGUGGGAAGAACUUCUCCUCUGCCAGCGCCCUUCAGAUCCAUGAACGGACCCAUACUGGUGAAAAGCCAUUUGCCUGCACCAUCUGUGGGAGAGCCUUUACAACAAAAGGAAACCUGAAGGUCCAUGUAGGAACUCACAUGUGGAAUAACUCUGCCAGGCGGGGAAGAAGGCUUUCCAUCGAUAACCCCAUGGCUCUGCUGGGGAACGAUCCCAAGAAGGUAUCUGAAAUGUUUCCGAAGGAUAUGAUGCCUCCUUCAGUGAGCAUUGACCCCACAGUAUGGAAUCAGUACGCAGCGGUACUCAGCAAUGGCAUAGCGAUGAAGACUAACGAGAUCUCGGUGAUCCAGAGCGGUGGCUUACCUACUCUUCCAGUCACCAUUGGGAGUGGUUCGGCAAUAAAUACUGCUACGGUCUCCAAAACAGAUGGGACCCAGUCUGGAACUGGUUCUGAUACAGAGAAGGCCAGUGGUGCUGCUGCAGACAACGUGCCAAAACAUCAGUUCCCUCACUUCAUGGAGGAGAACAAAAUUGCUGUUAGUUAAAAACUCUAGUGAAGUUGACGUACAGAAAGAACAAAUAUAUAUAUACACAAACAUAUAUUUUUAAGAGAUUCCACUUCAGCCGCCUAUUUUCCUAUUGACGUGCAAAUGAUUUUAUGGUUGUCUUUGUAAGAGUUGCCCAGAGUACAAUCAUGAUCUUGCUUUGCAAAUAGUAAAUAAUAAAGAAUAGGAUUUCCUUCUAUUUGGAAAGAUGCGGGUCUUGCAAAGUAGUUCUUACUUGUGACUUUAAUGUGUACAGCCUUACAGAAGUUUCUACAACUUGAAAUUCCAAAGGUUAGAAUAUUUACCUCUUUGUUUAGAGUGAAUUGGGGGUUUUGAAUAGAGUGGAAACAACCUACUGUUGAUGGAAAAGCUUCUAUUUACUGAUGAGAAAUGAAAACUAUUAAUGCGGGUAAAUAUCCUAGAAUGUCUGCCACCCUCUUAGAAGUAGUUUUUCUGUUUGGAUUUUUGGCUCUGUGUGGUUUCUGAAUGUACUUUUUACUAUAAUGGCUAUAAAAACGACAAAAUUUUUUUUUUAAUUCCUUCUUUGCCUCAGAAGUUCUAUGAAAAGAAAGUUGCUGUUUUUCUUUAAUCACCGCUCCUAAGGAAUUAAUUCUCUGUGUUGUUGACUGCUGCUUAUUUAAUACUACUACUAAGACAGUCCUUCAAGUGUAGUGCCAAAACUCCUACUUCCAAAGAUGUGCAGUUUUUCCCAGAUGUUUUAUUUCAAUACCGAGAGCCCCAAACAAGCAUGGGUGGGUAUGUAUAUACUUUUUUUGUUUUCCUUUCUUGAAAGGGAAGACUUGCCUUGGGAAGUCAGGUCUAAAAGCUCUGCAAGGAGUCUCAGGUGACUGUUGCAAUUAGGCAUGAGAACUGGUUUCCUUAGCAAGAGACUUUUUUAUUUUAUUUUUUUUUUCAUUUGGGUAAUUUAGAAGAUCAGUCUGUGUAAACCUGUAUUUAAAUAUGAAGUAUUCAUGCUUAGGUUAAAUGUUUUGUGGGUUUUUGGAUGGCAUUCCUACUUUGGUCAUUAAGUUUCUUGGUGGUCUGUGAACUUGCAUUCUACCAAAAUGGUAAUUAAUGAUCCAUGUGUAUUGUAUGAAGGUUGCUGGGAUAGUCAUCUGGAUUCUAAGUUAUCUACCUCAUUUUUUUCCUUUUGUAGUUGUAGUGUCUAUUUUUCUAUUAAUGACCACUGUAAUGAACUGAGAUUCAAGCAGAUGCUUCCAUGCACUAUCUGAAACCAAAACCUGAUGUAUUAGUGGAAGCACCUGAAGACUUACUGGACUGACCUUUCACUAUUCCUCUAACGUCUGUUGGAACUGUAUGUGUAAUGGAAUCUAAACCAGACUGGAAAGUGAGCAUUUGGUGUGGAAGGACUGAACGAUGGAAAGAAGUCUAGUUGUUGACUGCAGGAAACCUUCAAGUCCAGUCUCCGUUGUGGAAGGCUCCAAAAAUGCGGAUUACCAAAAGUUUGUGUAAUGUUGUUGCACCUGAUUCUUGCUUAUGAUCUCUGUAUGCCGAGUUGUGCCUUUCCUGCUGGACUUGUAAGUAAGAACAUACCAGUACCUGUUUACACCGUAAAAUGGAUAUUGUUACAUAGACCAUGCAAAAGGCAUCCCAAUUGUCAAGUUUCUGCAUUGUGAAUGUAUGACUUUUAAGAACUCUGUAGUUUUGAGUACCUACUGAUGCGUUUCUGUUGACAUUUUGAGAAUAAAUUUUGGGAUGGCUUUUUCACA